AUGGAGCCUGGGAAACCAGAGGCGCGUGUUGACCUCCGCGGAGCCUGGGAGCUAGUCCAGGUGGCCCAGUUCCUGCGACUCUUCAGACAGAAGUUUGGGUUUGCAGACAUCAACACACAGCGACUGGAGGCAGAGCUGCGUCAGCGUGAAAGCGUUCCCGUUGCUGACACGUUGGCCCGUCUGCUGCGUUACCUGCUGAGCCGUAGCGAUAUCAGGUUGGGCAGUUGGGAGGCAGAUGUGAAGAGAGUUUUGGCGGAAACCGGGGGCCAAUGGAAGCCCUUCGCUACUGGCGCGGCGUACGCAGACAUGGACCCCUACCAACGGCUCGUUUUCCUGAAGGGUGUAGCGGACCACGUGUUUGAGGAGAAAGUGGAGGAGUUGUCCGAGUAUCUCGACGAGACGUAUGACCCUGAAGACAUGAGAGCUGUUCCAAUCGGUCAGGACAGUCUGAAGCACACCUACUGGUACUUCGAUGACUUGCGACUGUACAAGGAGAGUGUGGGCAGGAAGGGGGAGAAGUGGGAGUGCAUCUGCAGCAGUCUUAAGGAGUGGACGUCGUUUGUCAAGAAGUUUCGGAAGACGACGCAUCCGCAGGAGAAGGAGCUGUACGAGUUUCUUCACGGUCAGCUUCUGCCGCUGAUCCUGGGCCCCCUGCAGACCCUCGAGGGAUUCACUCAGGAUGCGGACAGAAGAAGGUUUGAGACGGCCGAGUUCUUAAGAAGGGAGGAGGAGGAGGUGAACCAAGUCUCCCGCCUCUCCAGACACGACAGCAGCAACAACAUCAGCAGACACCGAGGACCCCUGGCAGUCCCGAGCAGUACUGCAACGUCAGCUGCAUCAGUAGCACCACCUGAAAAUGCAGCUGAAACUCAGCUGCCAGAUUUGAAGCAGAACUCAGGCAAAGCCGAGCCUCUGGAGAGAGAACCAGACCUAACUGGUUCAAACCAGUUCAGAACUGACCCAACCAAGGAUGGAACCGGUCCCAAACCGGAUAGAACCAGUCCCAAACUGGACAGAACUGGUCCCAGUCAGGAUGUUGUAACCAGUCCUAACCCAACCACCAGUCCAAACCAGGACAAAACCGGUCCGAACCAGCUGAGAACCAGUUCCAGCCAGUCUCAGGAGGACACAGCCGGUUCAGACUGGUCCAGCGCCGACCUGCCGCCGGUCAAACCCUCAGGAAAGAAGCGGAAACGAGAGACCUCCACGGAUUCGCGGGACAGUAGCGGAACGGGACAGAGCGAUACUAGCAAGGGAGACGCAAGAACGCCCGAGUUGAUGGGCCCCCCUCCCGCGCCACCCCCCUCCAGCCUACCCCCUGUAGCGGACGCCCCCCCUCUGCAGAACCCCCCUGUGAAGAAACAACAGCAGUAUGCCUACAUCUUCUCCACAGAACUGGCAAACAAGGCUGCGGAGGCAGUGCUCCAGGGGCGUGUGCAGUCCAUCGUGGCGUUCCACAUCGAGUACGUGACACGGCUGCGACUCAGCCGCAUGCGACACAGCGAACAGGUGCAGUCGGGUAACCCCUGGCAGCAGCUGCAGGCGAGCCAGCUGGGUUACGACCCGGGGCUGGGUUUGACCCCGUCGACCUUGCCGCCCCAGGCCCUGCCCUCCAAGCCGCCUCCGCCGUACCCGGGCAGCGCCACCGCCGAGGCGGGGGGGUACCCGGGCGGUUCCACUGGUCGGCCAGGGAUGCCCCCACGCGGCCCAGCAGGCCUCAACAUGCAGCAACAACAACAGCCCAGCCCGGGGAACCUACCCACCAACCCGAUGAUGUCACCGCACGGACUGAUGACAUCACAGGCCAACAUGAUGACAUCACAGGCAGGGUGGAGCGGUGACCCUUCCCAGGGUGCACCUCCCCACAAGGCAACGGCGGCAGCCAUGUUGGGUCAUCUGGGGUCGUCGCCGGUGGGGUCAGAGGGCAUGGUGUCGCCGGGGUCAGACCAGAUGUCGGCCGCGCAGAUGGAGUGGCGGAGGCUGGAGGAGAGUUUUUACAGAGAGAAGAGAAAACGGAUGUUGGAGCAACAGAUGAUGCGUGGGCAGCCAUACGGGGGACAGAGGUACCCUGGUCCACAGCAGUUCUUACCUCAGGACUAUGACGGCCCCCCAGACUCCCAGGGGGCCUUGCAGCAGACUAUGCAGCCUCCACCCCCCUACCAGGACAUGGCGCGGUCCAUCCAACGACAGCAAACCGGAUUGUCUACCUCAUACGGCGAGCCCUAUGCACACCAGCUGCUGCAGUCCCAACCACAGCCACAGGGGGCGCCCCAGGACAGACAUCAGCUGCUGCAGUCCCAACCACAGCCACAGGGGGCGGGGGGGAGCGGGCCGGAGGGGCUGACGCCUGAGCAGCUGCGGCACAGACAGGAGCGGCUGCUGACCAUCCAGCGCAUGCACAAGAUGCUGUUCCCAGAGCAGGCGCAAACAGCGCCACCUAGCGACAGCCUCGCGCAACAGCAGCAGAUAGACCUCGCCAGUCUGCAAGGCCGACCUGGGAUGCCCCCACGCGGCCCAGCAGGCAUCAACAUGCAGCAACAACAACAGCCCAGCCCGGGGAACCUACCCACCAACCCGAUGAUGUCACCGCACGGACUGAUGACAUCACAGGCCAACAUGAUGACAUCACAGGCAGGGUGGAGCGGCGACCCUUCCCAGGGUGCACCUGCACACAAGGCAACGGCGGCGGCCAUGUUAGGUCAUCUGGGGUCGUCGCCGGUGGGGUCGGAGGGCAUGGUGUCACCGGGGUCAGACCAGAUGUCGGCCGCGCAGAUGGAGUGGCGGAGGCUGGAGGAGAGUUUUUACAGAGAGAAGAGAAAACGGAUGUUGGAGCAGCAGAUGAUGCGUGGGCAGCCAUAUGGGGGACAGAGGUACCCUGGUCCACAGCAGUUCUUACCUCAGGACUAUGACGGCCCCCCAGACUCCCAGGGGGCUUUGCAGCAGACUAUGCAGCCUCCACCCCCCUACCAGGACAUGGCGCGGUCCAUCCAACGACAGCAAACCGGAUUCUCUACCUCAUACGGCGAGCCCUAUGCACACCAGCUGCUGCAGUCCCAGUCACAGCCACAGGGGGCGCCCCAGGACAGACAUCAGCUGCUGCAGUCCCAGCCACAGCCACAGGGGGCGCCUCAGAUGCUGCAGUCCCAACCACAGCCACAGGGGGCGCCCCAGAUGCUGCAGUCCCAGCCACAGCCACAAGGGGCGCCUCAGAUGCUGCAGUCCCAGCCACAGCCACAGGGGCGCUUCAGGACAGACACCAGCUCCUGCAGUCCCAGCCACAGGGGGCGCCCCAGCUGCUGCAGUCCCAACAACAGCCACAGGGGGCGCCCCAGGACAGACACACACUACUGCAGUCACAGCCACAGGGGGCGCCACAGAUGCUGCAGUCCCAACAACAGCCACAGGGGGCGCCCCAGCUGCUGCAGUCCCAACAACAGCCACAGGGGGCGCCCCAGGACAGACACCCACUACUGCAGUCACAGCCACAGGGGGCGCCGCAGAUGCUGCAGUCCCAGUCACAGCCACAGGGGGCGCCCCAGGAAGGUACCUCCCCAAACUUCAGUAUUAGUCAGCAGCUGCAGGAGAGGGCACGACUGUCGGCACAGCGAGAACAGCUGCCGCAGUACGCAGCUGGCCAAGGCCCCGGUCACCCAGCCGGUCACCCAGGACCACACCCAGCCGGACACCCAGCCGGUCACCCAGGUGGACACCCAGGUGGUCACCCAGGCGGUCACCCACACCGCUUCAUGUACCCCAUGCAGGACCGCCCUCGACCCCAGGUUUCCCCAUCCCAACAGUCGGCCAUGCAGAGACUGAUGAUGUCACAGCAGAAUCUGAUGAUGUCACAGCAGGGACCGAUGACAUCACCGGGCAUGAUGUCACCGGAGGGUCCGAAUGGGGGGCUGCUGAUGGAGCUUCACCGGGACCGGAACGCCGGUGGGAGACCCACACGCAACACCGGUGGGAGACCUGCUGCAGGCAACGACAUGAUGUCACCCAACUCUGCAGCCAGCCCACAAGGUCA